AUGACACCGUACGGUGAGAAGUUAGCUGCCUUCGCCUCUUUGGAAGAGCUCGUCUCGGCACUUCGAGAUGUCGCUUAUGCUAUAGCGGAUCUAGAUAGAAGAAACAUUUGCCACGGCGAUAUCAGCUGGGGAAACAUCGUUCUUGCACCGGAUCCAGAUAAUCCAGACGGACUUCGAAGAGGCUAUUUAAUAGAUUUUGGUAAAAGUAUUAUUGGCCGACCGUCUGCUGGAAGUGUUCCUAGCGGAACUUCCUGCUUCAUGUCUGUAGAUGUUUUACGUGCACUUGGUGAUGACCUUAAUAUCCGUCAUCGAGCUCAUCACGAUCUUGAGUCUCUGUUCUACGUUUUGUGCUGGGUAUGCACGAUUUGCUCUGGUCCGAACAGAACGUACAAUCACUGUCUUGAAGACACCAUAGUGGAUAGCUGGGUAGGCGGAAAUCCACUAGAGCCUGAAAUGUCCCGUCUCCUCAGCACCGACAAGUAUUUGCUGCUCACGUAUGACUUCUGGUUCGAACGUAACGUGAUUGCGCAUAUCCAACCAUAUUUUGCUGAUUUGAUCCCAUGCAUAAGAGAGUUAUGCAAACCUUUCAUGCAUGGGGAACGCAACGCAUAUAAGGCGAUGGUUAAGCCUGAAAAUGGAGAAAAUUAUGUCUGGGAUUUCAAGGUCGACGAGGAUAUUGUGGAUAAGGUCUUGAAGGUUUGGGAUGAUGCCUUGGCUAUGAUUCGACAAAAGGUGCCAAAAUCUGAUACCCCGGAUGCUGCCAUGGAUAUCAAGGACAGUGUCAAGACUUCCAACGAGGAUAGUGGAGACGUUUCAGGAGCAGUCGAACAACUCGACGUUGAGCCAGUUGAAGAGAACAACAUAGCGAUUGGAGAGGACAGAACAACAGCUCAAGAAGAAGGGUUGAUCUCUGAAGGCUUAGUUACUUCCGGCGACGAUGCUACGCUGUGUGGAGGACUAAGCCAUGAAGCGGUCAAAAUGGACAGUGACUCCGAGUCCUCGAAGACGCGAGCUGGAUCCGAGCCAGCCCACAAGUGUGAAGACUGCAAUCAAAUGGAUAUUGCGAAGCGUGAAGUGUUAUCUGUACCACGGACGAAGCGGAAACGCGAAUUUGACGAAGUUUCGGUUGACUCUGAUGUCGAGUCGGAUUAG